UCGGAUCGUAUACGAUACUAUUCAUCGACUGGCAACAACAAUAUUUAAAAAGCAUGCAAAUGUAUAAAUGAUUAGGAGUCUUUAAAAUGGUAAAUAAAUUGGAAUUCAAUAACUUGGUUGUCACCAACAAGAAGAAAAUUCAACUUAUAAAGUCGAAGACCAUUCAGAAAUUGGUCCAAAAAAUUAAGAAGCUUAAAUAUUUAUUAGAUAAAAAUCCUAAACAUGAUAAAAAUAAGGAACGUUUCCGUAAAGCUGUCCUAUGCCUAGAAGAAAUGAAGAAAUUAAAAUGCAUCGUUUUGAUGAAACGCGUUUUAAUUCUGGAAAAAUCUCCGUCAGCUAUUUUAACAAAUGGUUUAUCCUCAGCGGAGGAAAUGGCAGUGGCUAUGAUCGGAGACAAUAAAUUGAUGCAAGAGCUUGCAGAAGAUUUUAAAGAAAAAUUAGGAAUUUCAAAGGAAAAUAAAAUCUGGAAGAAGGAGUUAAUGCAAGCGAGUAAAAAACAAAUUAAGAUAAUAAAAACGGAAAAGAAACGAAAAAGUCGUAAAGCUUUAAAAGAACAAAAAGCCAUGGCACGUAAACGUACUGAGUGGUUGAAUAAUCAAAAUCGUGGACAGGAUAUACUAAACCUUAAUGAGCAAAAGAAUGAAGUAGUAAUAAAAGAAAAUGAUGAGGGUGCUAAUGUAUCUACACUAGGUUACUGGAAAAUAGAGGAAAUAGACAAUAAACAUCCUCCUAUUAAAAAUAAAAAGGCAAUAGUAAAAGAGCAUAAAGAAGUGUCUGAAAAACAACAAACUACUAAAAACUGUAAAACAUCUCUGACGACUAAUGUUAAUCCUUCUAAAAAUGAGAAUCAACAUUGGCCUAAGUCAGAGGAAAUUAAAAAAAGUUCAAUAGAGGGCAAUUCGAACGAAUCGUCAGUGAGUUUAAAUUCUCCCUCUUACUACAAUUUAAGCGGUAGCAAUGCUAUGGAAAAAAAUAAGGAAGAAAUUGUGACACACGUUAUCGAUCCAUUUUUUAUCACCGAUAGUGGUGAAAAUUACCGUUCCUCUGCUGUUGUUGUUCGUAAUGGUACAGUGUUUGAUCCACAAAUCUCUAAAAAACCCCUGGAAAAUACAGAAAAAUGGUCUAGAGAAACAUACGAAAACCAUCUAAAAUCUUACGAUCAUUUUAGACCAAAUAAUGCGAGACAAAGAAUUUCAGAAAAAUCUAUUCGGAAAACCUGUGAGGAAUACAAAACGGAAGGCCUGCAUCCUUCUUGGGCAGCGAAACAGAAGCUAAAAAGCGUAAUAAGUGCCUUUCAAGGCAAGAAAAUUAGAUUUGAAGAUGAUGAUGAUCAGGUCGAUGAGGGAGUCACCAAUAGUAAUUCCAAAGUAGUGAAUAUAGAAAGUCAGAAUAAAAAACAUUUAUCAGCAAACAGAAGAAAAAAUAAGCAUACGGAGGAAGCUGUACAUCCGUCUUGGGCGGCAAAGCAAAAAUUUAGUACGGCUAUAACAGUUUUUAAAGGGAAAAAAUUUAGGUUUGGAGAUGACGGAGUGCUGCAACCUAGUUCUGAUCACAUUAACGCACCAUCACAACAUGACAGUCUAAAUACUUUGAAGGGACUUCAUCCUUCUUGGUUAGCAAAACAAAAGCAAAAAUCAAGAAUAAUAUCUUUUCAGGGUAAAAAAACCACUUUUCAAGAUGAUGAAUAAACUUUAUGUUUUGAUGCAAUAUGCAGUUAUAAA